GGGCUAGCAUUGCGCUUCGUAUGACCAACAAAGCAUCGUUUCCGAUGAUAUGGUCAGCCAGUAGAGACGUGGAGACAGCGUAGUCAGGGCGUAGCUAAGCAGGCUUUGGUUGCGUUGUGUGGAGGUGUCAAAGUUGUUGGAGUAUGAAGUAAAAGCGAGCAUGUACAAGUCCUCAUACCUCACUACUGCAGGAUGCCGCGCCCCUGUCAAAAGCGGCGUGCGAGCGCAGCGGCAAACCGGAAACCCAAACCUGCAGCACCCCCACCGAUACGGCACAAAGCACGCCAGAAAGCAAUCCAUAAUGCCCGUCGCGGGCGCGGGCGCGGUCGCGGAAACAUGAGCGGCGGUCGACCCUCUCGCAACCAGCACAGUGGGGAGGGCACAGAACAAGACUUCAUAUCGUUUGCGUCAACAGGGAACAAUUUCCAUAUGCUUCGCCGCGCAGGAACCCAAAACGACCCAAUUGCGCUGGACGGGAUUGAGGAUUCGGAGCUCGAGGACGGGGAGCUUAUGACGGACGAUGAUUCUGAUUCUGACAGCAUGGACGAUCUGGAUAUGUACGACGCAGAGGAUAUGAUGAUCAACGUCCAAAUGGACCAGUCGUUCACGGGCAAGGGAAAGACUCGGAGGGCAGAGGUGAUGUUCACUAUACCACACGCCAUUUCGAUCUACAGGGGAUUGAGGCAGACCGGAUUUCAGCUGCUCAUGACGAAGCAGGAGAGAUACGGCGCUCAAGAAGUAGACACCACUUCGGAAUUGGCCUCAUACAAUUCGCUUGCGCCAUCACCGUCGUCUCGUCAAUCAAGUAUGAGCAGCGCAACAAGCGAAGCGUCUGACGCUUUGUCGGAGCCACACAAUCCUGCAAGCGACUACAUGUUCAAUUGGGGAAAGUACUCCGGCCAGUACUUCGCAGAUGUUCCAGAGCAUUAUCUGCGCACCAUCGGCGGUCAGCUAGACAUCUACGAAGUAAAACAUCCUGGCUUGAGGGAAGCUUUUGAGUACUACAGGCCAGGACAAGGGCGUACUGCAACCACACUCCAGCCACGAAGCCAACCACCACCACAACCAUCGCAAUCACGACAAGCAGCUCCAAGACAGCAACGAAACAUUCGACCGAACGCCCAGUCGCCUUCCACAUCGUACACCUUCGAUAAAGGAGCACACAAGGGCAAGCGACUCCACGAAGUGCCAGAAAACUACCUGCGUACGCUGGAAGGCAUGAAAGAUGUGAUUAACAAAUGGCCUGGCCUGAGAGCAGCGUUACAUGACUUCAAUGACAAGACAGGAAGACGGGCUAGGGUAUGACGCAGGGUUCGCGACUUCCGUGAGAUUGGUGGUGGUCUGUGCUCAAACUUUUCAACUACCUCUACACGAAGCUCCCCAACAUCCCGACCUCACGGUGAAUGACAGCAGCAUACGGGCAGGCCUGGUGGUCUUCAUAGA